CUCUACUACUCUUUCCAUCCACCUCAUAGAUUCUUGUUUUGUCUUACACACUUCCUAAGAUAGAGUUUCAAUUUCAAACCAAACAUCUUCAAAUAUGUCACAACAAGAACAUAAUAAUAAUAAUGAUCACCAGUCUUCAACAAUUCCAAUCUCACUAGACCCUGAAGCAGGUCAAGGAGUAGCAUCUGCAACCACUAGAACAGAUUACUCAGCAAAAGGGGUGGUUGAGAAAGUGAAAACCAACUUGGUUUUCCGUUCAAAAUGGGCUGAAAUCAAUGGCGCCAUGGGUGAUCUUGGAACAUACAUACCCAUAGUUCUUGCCUUGACCCUUGCAAGGGACCUCAACCUUGGCACCACAUUGAUCUUCACUGGUGUCUAUAACAUCAUCACUGGGGCCAUCUAUGGUGUUCCCAUGCCAGUCCAGCCCAUGAAGUCCAUCGCUGCCGAAGCCUUGUCUGAUACAGGCUUCGGCGUCCCGGAGAUCAUGGCCGCCGGGAUACUUACCGGAGGCACCGUAUUCGUCCUCGGCGUGACAGGACUUAUGCAACUUGUGUACCGGUUGAUUCCCCUCUGCGUCGUGAGGGGAAUCCAACUGGCACAAGGAUUAUCUUUUGCAUUGACAGCUGUCAAAUAUGUUAAAAAAAUUCAAGACUUGCCAAAAUCAAAGUCUCUAGGCCAACGACAUUGGGUUGGCCUAGAUGGCUUGAUUUUGGCAAUUGUUUGUCUCGUAUUUAUUGUUAUUGUAAACGGCGCCGGCGAAAAAAAUCGUUGUUGUGGCGACCCAGGCCACGACGAGGAUUUAGGCCGGGACAGAAGCCGAGGAUCAACUAUAAAAAAGAACAAGACAGAUAGAAUAAGAAGGAUUGUUUUCUCUCUUCCUUCAGCUUUCUUGGUGUUUAUAUUGGGUGUUGUUUUAGCAUUCUUAAGAAGGCAUCACGUGGUGCAUGAGAUAAAGUUUGGACCUUCUUCAAUAGAUGUGGUGAAAUUCUCAAAGCAUGCAUGGAAAAAAGGUUUCAUCAAAGGUACAAUCCCUCAACUUCCUUUGACUCUUUUGAAUUCUGUUGUGGCGGUUGUGAAGUUAUCAUCAGAUCUUUUCCCGGGAAGAGAGUUCACUGCCACGUCACUUUCAGUAACGGUUGGAUUGAUGAACCUCAUUGGUUGUUGGUUUGGUGCCAUGCCAAUGUGCCACGGGGCCGGCGGGCUAGCCGGGCAGUACAAAUUUGGAGGGAGGAGUGGCGGGUGCGUGGCGCUUCUCGGCGCCGCGAAAUUGGUGUUGGGGACUUCUUUGGCACAUGUAUUGAACCAGUUUCCGGUUGGAAUCUUGGGAGUGUUGUUGUUGUUUGCUGGGAUUGAAUUGGCUAUGUGUUCUAGAGACAUGAACACAAAAGAAGAUUCUUUUGUGAUGCUUAUGUGCACUGCAGUGUCUUUGGUUGGAUCUAGUGCUGCACUUGGAUUCUUGGUUGGGAUGAUUGUUUAUGUUAUUCUUAGGCUAAGGAAUUGGACUAAGGAUAAACCACUUUCUACCAUUUGGAUGCAAAAACAUGACGACCAACUCUGAAGUAUGUAAUGUUAUUUGCACACUAAAAUUGGCAAUUUAGACAAUAAUUUACGGUCGUUUGAGUGUGCACGUAACAUUUUUUUUAAGAAAAAAAAAGUGUGACGAGAUUUGAUUGCUUGAUGUUGCUUAUCCGGUGCUAUUAUUUAGGUGUAAAUACUACUUGGUGUGUUUAAUUUGUAUGGAUUUCAGUUCAAGAAUGAUGUUUUCUGUUUUGUUCUUUUCUUUAUAUCAAGAUUCUAAGAUUGUAAGCAUAGUGGUAGUUCCAAUCCUAGCGUACAUCAUAGUGUAUGCGUGGCUAUUGUACAAUCAAUAUAAGAGAAUAAAGAUGCUUGAUUAAUGUAUGA